AGUUGUGCCGCCGUCAGCAGGCGAAGGGGAGCCGUGAGGCGUUUCAGCGUAGUCAGAAAAAACGUGAAAAAGCGAGGCAGCGGCUCUUUAAAAAGGCGCCGCGCGGCUGAGGUGCUGUUUGUCGCUUCCGCUGCCCGCGCGUCUCCUGUAGCCCCAGCGGCUGCAGUUUCUGUUCCGCGACUCAGUUCUGUUCAGUUCAGUUCAGCCAAGCUCAUCUCGGCUUUGCCCGGAUCUGUUUUGUUGCCUCGAUUCGGUUCGAUUUACCCACAUUUUGUUGCGUGAGACGCAGUUCUGCAGUUAGUUUUUUUUUUUUUUUUCCCCCCCACCACUCUGCUCCGUCAGUCCAGCUCGGUCUCCGGCUUUGCUCUCCUCAGGAUGCUCCUUGAGUGGGGGGUCCUGGUGGCUGUCGCCAUGGCGACGGUCCUGGUCCCGGGGGCCGCGGGCCAAUACAGCCCGGACUGGGAGAGCCUGGACUCGCGGCCGCUGCCCGCCUGGUUCGACGAGGCCAAGCUGGGCGUGUUCGUGCACUGGGGCGUGUUCGCCGUGCCCGGCUUCGGCAGCGAGUGGUUCUGGUGGCACUGGCAGGGGGCCAAGGACCCGCGCUAUGUGGACUUCAUGCGGAAGAACUACCCCCCCGGGUUCAGCUACCCCGAUUUCGCGCCCGAUUUCCGCGCCCAGUUCUUCGACCCGGACCAGUGGGCCGAGAUCUUCCGGGCUUCCGGUGCAAAGUACGUGGUGCUCACCUCCAAACACCACGAGGGCUUCACCAACUGGCCCUCGGCACACUCCUGGAACUGGAACUCCGUGGACUGUGGACCCCACAGGGACAUUGUGGGGGAGCUCGGCGCUGCUGUUAGGAAGAGGUCGAUGCAUUAUGGUCUCUAUCACUCCCUCUUUGAGUGGUUCAACCCCCUCUACCUGGCUGACAAGAAGUCCGGCUUUCGAACCCAGGGAUACGUAUUCCACAAAGUGCUGCCAGAGCUGUACGAUCUGGUCAACAGGUACAAACCGGACCUCAUCUGGUCGGACGGAGACUGGGAGGCGAAGGACACGUACUGGAACUCCACCGGCUUCCUUGCCUGGCUCUACAACCGCAGCCCCGUGAAGGACACGGUGGUGACCAAUGACCGGUGGGGCGAUGGGUGCAGCUGCAAGCACGGCGGUUACUACAACUGCGAGGACAAGUACACGCCGGGUCAGCUGCCGAAACACAAGUGGGAGAAGUGCACAUCCGUGGACACAAACUCGUGGGGCAACCGCAGGAACAUGCGCCUGGACGAGCUUCUCCGACUGCCCGACAUCAUAGACGACCUGACGCGCACCGUAGCCCUGGGGGGGAACUACCUGCUGAACGUGGGCCCCACGGUGGACGGUACCAUCCCGCCCGUGUUCGAGGAGCGCCUGCGUGGCCUGGGCGACUGGCUGCACGUCAAUGGUGAGGCCAUCUACGCCUCGCGACCCUGGAGGGUGCAGAUGGAGAACUCCUCUGUGCCGCUGUGGUUCACAUCCAAAGGCCAGCAGGUUUACGCCAUCCUACUGGCGUGGCCCUCCGAUUACACAGUUGAGAUCAGCACUCCGCUCACGCUGCCCCAAACUAAUGUGACACUGCUGGGGUACCCAGCGCCUUUGAAGUGGUCAGCCCUGCAGCCCUCUGGACUGGUGGUCACUCUGCCUGUCACGAGCCUUGCCGGUGGUCAUGGCUGGACCUUGCGACUGGACGGCGUGGCAUGAGGUUGAGGGAGGGGCUGUGGUCAGGGCCCCUCUCUGUCUGGGGUGGUGAAGGUCUGCUUGCAGUAAUGACCACUGUGUUUCCUCAGCGCUGCCAAGAACAUUAGGGCUGUGCAGGGCCCCUAAUCUAAGAAAAACAAAAAACCGCACAGAUUGUAAAUCGUGAUUCACAUCAGAUCCGACCAAAUCUACUGAUUGACACCUCCAGGAUGUGUGUCAGUGGAAAGUGCACUUUUACUCAGGUUUAAUUUUUACCUUGCUUUUUUCACAUUAUACUUUAUUGUGCCAAGUCUGUCUGCAGGUAACUCGAUUAUCAUUUCUUUUCCCUUUUUUUUUAAAAUCUUUGGCUGUUCCAAUGACAUGUUUUCUUCAGAAUAAAAUAUGCUUUUGCAUCCGUAGAA